CAAAAUGUUACAUAGUGGCUGUCGUAAGGUAUGCGAGAGGUGCAAUCAGAUGCUCCAAUCGAACUGCCUGAUGAAGAAGCUACAAUUCCUGAAAGCAGCAAAGUCCAACUGUUUGAUAACAGUUCCCAUAGAGAUAUGCCAGAGAGGUACGUUAAUACGACUUCUCUUGAUCGUGGCUCUACUGAACGGAAAAUUGAAUUUGAGAUCUUGGAAGACAUGUACUUCUCUGACCUUUUCAUGGGACUAGAAACUAUUGUGAACCUAUAUCUUGAUACACCUUUUAUGGAGAAUGGGGAUGGGAUUUUAACAGAUAAAAUGCCUUCGGAUGAAACGAUACCGGAUGUUGGUCAUGGAAACGCUAGUGGGGAAGUCGAACAUGAUGAAGGUAUUCUAUUGGUGGUGAGUGUACCACAUAUUGCUUUCUCAAUGAAAUUCGAUAGUACUUGUAAUGAUUGCUUGACCAUAGUUAUGGGCGAUUUCAAGGAAAUCCCUGAGAAAUCAGCUUGUCGUAUUGAUAACACUUUCACUGAUCAACAUCUUUCAAAUCAAUUUCCAUUUGAUCCCGGUGAGUCUGUUCCUCCAUCCAUUAUGUUCGAGAGCUUGAAUAUACAUUUCGAUAUACCACACUGCUUCCCUAUUGCAUUGCAUUCUGGUGUAGUUGGCCUCGUUGGUGGCGAGCUGUCUAAUGAAUUUUCCAGUUGCAAAAUGGAUGUACAAGCUGUUCAACCUCGGCCGCCAUGCCCACUUCCAAAACCACAUUUCUUGGCCUUACUAUUGGAUUUCUUGGCCCAGGUUGCGCAUUCUGUUGUAAUUACAAAGAAACUCAACUUUUAUGAGCUUGUCAUAAUUGGUGUGGAUGAUUCCAAUCUAAUUGCUCGUCUUCGCGCUGCAAAUUUCAACAGUAAAACACAACCUACAGAAGUUGCACUUGUUGCCAUAUUACAUGAUUCCAAUCCAAUUGCUCGUCUUCGCGCUGCAAAUUUCAGCAGUAAAACACAACCUGCAGCAGCUGCACUUACUACCAUAUUACAGGAGUGGAGAGUAUCAAAAUUAAGGAGUGGGUAUAAGGUGAGGCUUCACGUUGUGCACUUUGCCGGUUACACAUUUUAUUGUGUCAUUAAAAUGGUAGAGUUGGUUGCACGUCAUAGGUUGCAUCAUGGCUUAGGUGAUGCAUUGGUGUAUGCUAUCUGCUUGAACAAGUGUAUGGUUGCAGGGCAGGUUAUCACUGAACUCAAUUUAAUAAUGCUGAUAAUUUUUACUGUAAACCUAAAAGAGCAUGGAUGGUUGAUAGCAGUUGCUUUAGAGAAAUUUGGUGAACAGAGAGCUGCUAAAACUGUUUAUUUGUACUUUAAGGUGGAUAAUUCUAGCUUCGACGAGUCCGACCA